CGGCGCGGCGCCCCAGUGGCGGCGGGGCCCACGCUGCGCUCGCACGACUGCGCCCUGCGGACUCACGGGUUCUCCUAUGAUGAAGCUUUGGAGGAUGUUCAGGAAACCACAGACGGCAGGCGCAGGUGGAGUGGAACCAGUACUGUGCGGAGGUAUGAACAAUGGCACAGCAGAAAUCGGCAGUGUAGAAGAAGUUGACAUAGACUACUCAAGAGGCGGCGAGGAGAGGCCGGUGCAGAAGACGGCGCAGGUGGUGCUGGAGCGAGACGCGGAGACGGGCAGCCUGGGCGUGACGCUGCGCGGCGGCCGGGCAGGGGAGCCGCCCGUGUGCCGGCCGCUGUUGGUCACCACCGUGCGGCCCGGGGGACCCGCCGACAGGGAAGGCAGCCUGUGCCCCGGGGACCGGCUGGUGGCGGUGGACGGGCAGUCGGUGCGCGGCGCGUCGCUGUGCGAGGCGCACGCGCUGCUGGUGGCGGGCGGCGGCGCCGUGACGCUGCUCAUCGAGUACGACGUGGCGCGCGUGCGGGAGCUGCACUGCGCCAGCGGCCCGCUGCGAGUCGAGCUGCGCCACGCGGCGGGCGCCGGCCGCAGCCUGGGGCUCGCCCUCGCCGACCGCGGCCGCGCCGUCGUCGUCAGCGCCGUGCGGCCCGCCAGCCUCGCCGACAGGUGUGGAGCUCUGCAUGUGGGGGACAGGAUAUUGGCUGUCGCAGACACACGAAUCGAAGGCAGCAGCAUGACGGCAGCUGAAGUUUCAAAUUUGCUGCAUGGAAACACAAUUGUCCUCGAGAUACUGCCUGUGUCUCGGAUAGGCUGUGGAGACUGGUACAACAAAACUGGGACCCCAGAGGCAAGAACUGCUUUAGUGCCAACAAUUAGUCCCUGCUCCUCUUCUUUCAGUACUCUUGAUUUCCGUCAUCAAAGUAAACAGUAUUCACGUGCACGUCGACAGCAAAAUGAGGCAAGCAAUCAUGAAUCAGGUUCAGUGACUAGUGCUGGCUGUACUGGUGUAUGCCACUCAGAGACAGUGUACCUAACUCUUCAGUCUGAUUUGCAUGGUUAUGGAAUAGCUGUACAAGGAACUUCUGCAGGGGAGGUUGUUGUCUCUGGUAUUGAUAAAGAUAGUCCUGCUGACAGAUGUGGAUGCAUCCAGAUAGGUGACCGUUUGCUGUUUGUGAAUGGGAGGAUGGUUGACCAAGAACACCUGCCUGCUGAAGCUGUUACCCAGAUACUACAGGAUGCCUGUGAAGGUUCUCUUCUGUCUCUGCAACUAGAAUUUGAUGUUGCAGAUUCAGUUGUACCAUCAAGUGGUGUUUUUUCAAUAAAACUGGCAAAGAGAGGCAAUGGACUUGGAAUUACCAUUACAGCUUCAAAAAAUCGCCUCCCGGGAGAUUCUUUACUCAUAUCUGAUAUUCGAAGAGGUUCAGUUGCACACAGGACAGGCACGUUACAGCCUGGUGAUCAUCUUCUGGCAAUAGAUGGUGUUUCUUUGGAGCAUUAUACACUAGAGGAAACACAAAACAUACUAAAAAAUUCAGCUGACAUAGUAACUUUACGUAUCAAGAAAUCUGACUGUGUAAAAGAUAUUGCAGACACCAAGAGUGUUGUUUACACUGUUGAAUUAGUGAGACAUGGAGGACCUCUUGGAAUAACUAUAGCUGGCAGUGAAGAACCGCUUGAUCCAAUAACAAUAUCUGCCCUUAGUGCUGGUGGCCUAGCACAACAAACAGGAGCAUUGCAUGUUGGUGACCGUUUAUUAGCCAUCAAUGGUCAGUCACUACAAGGGAAACCACUAUCAGAAGGAAUUGCUCUUCUUCAGAGUUCGGGAGAUACUGUGACUCUGAAAGUGGAAAGGAGUAUUACGCAAAGUCCUCUUAUUGAAAUUCAAGCAGAAGGUUUGAUCCAUGGAAGACAGUUUUGUUCAGCUUUGCCAUCUGUUGAUAGUGCAGUGGCAUCAUGGGAAAGUAGUAUAAGAGGCAACACUCCUCCUCAGACUGCACACGAUGACUACUGUGGAGAGAGCAGCUCAGUGAAGAGAAAACACAGAAGUACUGUUAUACAUAAUUCUACCUCUCACUGGGAUGGAACUUCACAGAGUUCACACAGUAUAGACAGUGGGCAGUCUGGAGCUUUAUCAGAAGAAGAAGAAAAGCUGUUGUAUAGCAAAAAUCUUAAAGCAGAGACUGAGCAAAGCAUCCAUUAUUUAAUGAAGAGCUCCAAUGAUGAACUCUGCACCCCUGUAGAUCCUACUCUUUCUGGACGGGAGACAGUUUUCUCUUGUGUUGGUAGCCCUCUGAGAACAACUUUACACAGACCUCAGGAUUCUCCUUUACCCCUACCACAUUAUUUAUGUGGUAAUGAAAAUCUUGUUGAAAGCAGCAACUUGAAAAAUGAGUGUGGUUUAUCAGAUUCUCUCUGGCAUGACUCUCCACAGCUAGUUGAAAUCUAUCAGGUCACACUGAUAAAGGACCCUGUAUAUGAGGAUUUCGGCUUCAGUGUGUCAGACGGAUUAUAUGAACGUGGUGUUUAUAUCAACAGAAUGAGAAAGAGAGGCCCAGCAGAUUUGUGUGGUGUUUUGAAACCAUAUGAUAGGAUACUUCAGGUAAAUAAUACACAGACCAAUGACUUUGAUUGCUGUUUAACUGUACCUCUUAUUGCAUCAGCAGGAGAAAAACUUGAACUAACAGUUGCUAGAGCUGUCAGCACUCCACAAACAGAGAACAAGGUGCUGCAGUGGGCACAACAAGAUGCUGAAGCAAUGAAAUCCCUUGAGACAAUAACCAAAACACUUUGAAGCAGUGCAAAACAAUUAAGAACAGUGAUUAUGAGAAAUGUUGUGAAUGACCACCAAUGAUAAAAGCCUAAGAAGAGUUAUAAGACAUUGUCACCACUAUCUAUCGCACAUGCAGCAGUUAUGAUAAACUAAAACAGUGAAUUAAAGUAAUGUGUCAAUUGGCUUUACAACAAAUGGCAUUAAUAACUUUCUACAUGUUAUUCAUUCUUGUUGAUAUAGGAAAUGGUUAAAGGACAGGAACCUAAUUCAGUGUUGAUAAACUAAAUGGAUAAGUCAAAGCUGGCUUCACAGAAGACAAACACAUACUAGUAAAAUGUGGAUGUUUUAGUUACCAGACUUUCUGCUGUUUCUUAAAUCAGUUGAUGCAGAUAGUUUUGGUUCUUGCCGAGGAACAUCCAUGACUCUAAUCAGCUGAACUGAAGGACAGUCAGUUGAAUGUUAAUCACAAGCUAAGAUUGCAAAAUUCACAAAUAGUUCCUCCUGACAGUGUAUUCUUGAUGAAAACGUCUAUUGCUCUCAUGACAACAUUCCACACCAAUAUAGGCAAUAGUAAUACAUACUCUCUAUACAGUUGACAUUGUAAGAAGAUAAUAAAAAAUUUUGCUUAA